AUGCCUCAAGGUGAUUUGAAUGGAUGCUCCGCGCAAAACGGUGCACGCGCCAAGCGUGCUCCCGUUCCUGGGAAGGCAACAAUACUUGCAUUAGGGAAGGCUUUUCCGAGCCAAGUCCUCCCUCAAGAGUGCUUGGUGGAAGGGUAUAUUCGAGAUACUAAGUGCGAAGAUGUUUAUAUUAAGGAGAAAUUGGAGCGUCUUUGCAAAAACACAACUGUGAAAACCAGAUACACAGUAAUGUCAAAGGAAAUCCUAGACAAACAUCCAGAGCUAGCCAUAGAAGGAGUACCAACAAUAAGACAAAAGCUAGAAAUAGCAAAUCCAGCAGUUGUUGAAAUGGCAACAAGAGCAUGCAAAGCUUGCAUAAAAGAAUGGGGAAGAUCACCUCAAGACAUCACACACAUUGUCUACGUCUCCUCGAGCGAAAUCCGCCUCCCGGGCGGAGACCUCUAUCUCGCAAAUGAACUUGGCUUAAACACCGAUGUUAAUCGUGUAAUGCUCUACUUUCUUGGUUGCUAUGGCGGGGUCACUGGCUUACGUGUUGCCAAAGACAUCGCCGAAAACAACCCUGGAAGUAGGGUUUUGCUCACAACUUCCGAAACCACGAUACUAGGGUUUCGAGCACCGAACAAAGCUAGACCUUAUGAUCUCGUUGGCGCUGCGCUUUUCGGUGAUGGCGCCGCGGCUGCCAUAAUUGGCACCAACCCUGUAUUAGGUCAAGAAUCACCUUUCAUGGAACUGAACUAUGCUGUUCAAAAAUUCUUGCCGGAUACACAAAAUGUCAUUGAUGGUAGAAUUACUGAAGAGGGUAUUAACUUUAAGCUAGGAAGAGACCUUCCUCAAAAAAUUGAAGACAAUAUUGAAGAAUUUUGCAACAAAAUUAUGGCUAAAUGUGAUGUGAAAAAUUUCAAUGAAUUGUUUUGGGCUGUUCAUCCCGGUGGACCAGCAAUUCUGAAUAAGCUAGAAAAUACACUGAAAUUGAAAAGUGAUAAGUUGGAGUGUAGUAGAAAGGCUUUAAUGGAUUAUGGAAAUGUUAGUAGCAAUACUAUAUUUUAUGUGAUGGAGUAUAUGAGGGAUUAUUUGAAGGAAGAUGGAAGUGAAGAAUGGGGCUUAGGAUUGGCUUUUGGACCUGGAAUCACUUUUGAAGGAAUUCUCCUCCGCAGCCUUUAA